UCAAAUUUUGACUGUAAACAUCCCGCCGCGAACGCCCGCCAUCUUUGUCAGUCAGAUUCAAUGAGAGGAAACGGCUGCUAACUUCUCUCCACAUGAGGGGAGAAAAUAAAGCAGCCGAAAUCAAAACGGAGACGAUAUAUUGAAUGGUGUAGCAGAAAGAUCUUGGGAGCUUUGACCACACACCGGGGCAAUGUUUUACGCCCACUUUGUCCUCAGCAAGCGUGGGCCGCUGGCCAAGAUUUGGCUGGCGGCCCAUUGGGACAAAAAGUUGACUAAAGCCCACGUCUUUGAAUGCAACCUGGAGAGCAGCGUGGAAAGCAUCAUAUCGCCAAAGGUGAAAAUGGCUCUUCGUACAUCUGGCCAUCUACUACUGGGUGUGGUGCGGAUCUACCACAGAAAAGCCAAAUAUCUUCUGGCUGACUGCAAUGAAGCGUUUAUUAAGAUCAAAAUGGCCUUCCGCCCGGGUGUUGUGGAUCUGCCGGAGGACAACCGAGAGGCUGCGUACAAUGCCAUCACCUUGCCAGAGGAGUUUCACGAUUUUGACCAGCCACUUCCUGAUCUCGAUGAUAUAGAUGUAGCACAGCAGUUUACCCUAAAUCAGAGUCGUGUUGAGGAGAUCACCAUGAGAGAGGAAGUGGGAAACGUCAGCCUCAUGGUCGACAAUGACUUUGGUGACUUUGGCAUGGAUGACCGUGAGAUGAUGAGAGAGGAGAAUGCCUUUACUGAAGACAUCAUUCACGGUUCCUCUGCCUCCAACCUGCUUUUGGAACCUGAGCCUGGCCCCGCCCACCUUGUCGAUAAAUCGGCUAACCUUGACUAUGACGACUUUGGAGAUAACAACCUGGAUAAUAGUGAUGGUGGAAUUCUGGUGGAUAAGCUUCUGAGCAAUGAAGAUGGUGGUGGCAUAUUCGAUGAUCCUCCAGCCAUCACUGACAGCGUGAUGAUGCCACAAGACCAUGGUGAUGAUGACGAUAACUUUGAUAGCUUUUCUCCUGCUGGUGGUCCUGACAGUCCAGACUCUGGUCCAGUCGAGCCUCUUCCCAAUACCACUGACCAGGCCGACCAAACAGAACAGACCACCCUGGUUCCCAAUGAGGAGGAAGCCUUCGCUCUUGAGCCCAUUGAUAUCACUGGGAAAGAAACCAAGGUUAGACGAAAGAGAAAGCUCAUCGUCGACAGCUUAAAGGAGUUAGACAGCAAGACCAUCCGUGCCCAGUUGAGCGACUACUCGGACAUCGUCACCACACUGGAUUUGGCUCCUCCCACUAAGAAGCUGAUGAUGUGGAAGGAGACAGGAGGUGUUGAGAAGCUGUUUUCAUUGCCUGCUCAGCCUCUCUGGAAUGGCCGACUCUUGAAGAUGUUCACACGCUGUUUGACUCCACUGGUACCUGAUGAGCUGAGGAAGAGGAGAAAGGGUGGAGAGGCCGACAGUCUGGAGGACUUCCUGAAGGAACUGGAGAACCCAGAGGUGCCCAGAGAGGAGGUUCUGGGACAUAGAAGUGACGUGAUUGAUCAGACCAUCAUGGAGGAGCCAAGUAUGCUGCAGGCUUCUUCUAUGGAGGGCAGCAGAACCGCUCUGGAUGAGACUAUGAUGCCUCCUCCAUCUGUCCAGCGUGGAUUGAAGCGCAAGUCGAUGGAGAAGGUUGCAGCUUUGCCUCAAAUGAGUGUGUUGGAACAGACACUUCCACCCAUGGAUCAGUCAGUUCUCUCUCAUCAGCUCGAAAUGCCCCAGAUGGAUCUUCCUCCUGAGGAGACCACCAACCUCUCUAGACUCGUCCCUGAGCUGGACCUGCUGGAUGACAAGGGCAAAGAGAAGGACAAGGAUGACAGCGAGGAAGAGGGUGAAGAGGGUCAGGGAGACCAGGAUCAAGAAGAGAAAAGGUGGAACAAGAGAACUCAGCAGAUGCUUUAUGGGCUUCAGCGCGUGGUGGCUAAAACAGGAGCCCAGUCCAUCAGUCUGCUUGAACUGUGCAGACACAACAACAAGAAACAGGCUGCUGCAAAGUUUUACAGCUUCCUGGUGCUUAAGAAACAACAGGCCAUUGAGCUGACCCAGUCAGAGCCGUACAGCGACAUCGUCGCCACGCCAGGACCGCGGUUUCAUGUUGUAUAGAUGCGUUGUACCCUCUCUUGUUUUUAGUAGUUGUAUUUAACAGUUUUGUUUUGCUACUGUUGCCUGUUUUUGUAUCGUUCAUUUGUUCUUUUUUGGGGCCAAUUUUUAAGGUUUUGAGUCAAACCCCGAUAGAUCACGAAGACAUUGUACCCACAUAAUGUAAGGAGUUAUAUAAUAAUACAUGUCGGGCUUCAACAAUGUCAACACCUUUGGGAUUAUUCAGUCUUGUUACUACUAUUUUAUUUGUUUUCUCACAGUUCUGUUUUUAUUUUCCUUCAUAAGCUUUAUCCCAGUACGUUUUACAUUGUAGUAGAGUUUAGGUAUGUGUACAUUUUAACUUUUUAAUAAUGUCACAAUUGAGAGGAAAAGGUUUAUUUUUGGAGAACCCCAGUGGAUUUCAUGACACGAAAGCUCAAUGUUUUGUAUCUCUCUCUUUUAAUGGCAAUUAUGUUUAUUAAAAGUUUGUUAAACUCCUUCAUAUAAUUGGAAUUUUAUGCACUUGUGAUUACAUUUCGAUAUUGAUUAAAAACUUUGCUAAAAGUC